GAGCCCUUCUUGCCCGUCUCGACUCCCGAGCCGAGCGGGCGCGUCGCACACCUUUUUUAUUCCGCCCGCCGCAUCGCCACGGGAGAGGAGAGCCGCCGGCCCGGGAAGCUUCUUCGCGGCGUUUUUCGUCGCCGGCUCGCGGUUGCCAGUUGCUGGUGAAUCUGGCUCAGCUAUAUAGAGCUUCCUGUUUCAUUGUGCUCCUCAGGGAUACAGUUUUGUGAGGUUGAGUUUUUCUUUGGUUACUGUAAAUUGACGAAUUUUGGCUACCAUACUAUGGAAAAAAAUACAGCUCCUUGUCCUGUUGAUGGCAAUGGUGGGAUUGGAAAUGUUGCGAGCUCUAGUCAGAAUCCUGAGACCCUUGAGCAUCAAGUUUUGCCACCUACAUCUCAAAUAGUGGAAAAUACCAUGGGAAUAAGGAAAAAUUAUAAAAGGGCAGCAAACAGGGGUAAAAAAGGCUCCCAAGUACCAACAGGUACAAGGAAUACUUUGAGGUCAUCUGGUAAUAAUGCCAGAGCUCUUAGCUCCAGGUCAAAUUCAAAGACAACACCCACUGAACAUGUACAGACUCCAUUACAACCCGCUGCCAAAAGAAGAAAAGGGGGCAGACCCUCAAACAAAAGCCUGACAAAUGAGUUCUCACAAAUUCGUAAACGGGUUAGAUACAUUUUGAAUCGAAUGAACUAUGAACAAAGCCUGAUUGAAGCUUAUGCUAGUGAAGGCUGGAAAAAUCAAAGUUUGGACAAGAUAAGACCUGAGAAGGAGCUUGAACGAGCCAAGGCGGAAAUCUUGCGAUGCAAGUUGAGAAUACGGGAAGUCUUCCAGAAUCUUGAUUAUCUCCUCUCUAAGGGGAAGAUUGAUGAAUCUUUAUUUGAUUCUGAAGGAGGGAUAUCUUGUGAAGAUAUUUUUUGUGCCAGUUGUGGUUCGAAGGAUGUUACAUUGGGUAACGACAUCAUUCUCUGUGAUGGAGCUUGCGACAGAGGGUUCCACCAAAACUGUUUAAAUCCUCCUUUGCUUACUGAAGAUAUCCCCAUGGGAGAUGAAGGAUGGCUCUGCCCUGCAUGUGAUUGCAAGAUAGAUUGUAUAGAUGUAAUAAAUGAACUCCAAGGGAGCGAUCUCUCCAUUGGCGACUCUUGGGAGAAAGUUUUUCCAGAGGCAGCUGCUUCAACAAAUGGCUCUAAGCAAGAUGACGCAUUUGAUCUUCCAUCAGAUGAUUCAGAAGACAAUGACUUUGACCCCAAUGUGGCCGAAGAGCAUGUGGCUAGUAAGGAAGAAGAAUCAUCUGAAGAGGAUGAGGAUGGAGGAUCAGACUCAGAUGACUCAAACUUUUUGACCUCUUCUGAUGAUUCCGAACCUUUGAUGGACAAGAAGGUUGAUGACCUUGGAUUACCUUCUGAGGACUCAGAGGAUGAUGACUAUGAUCCAGCUGGUCCUGAUUCGGAUAAAGAUAUCCAAAAGAAGCAAUCAAGUUUAGAUGAGUCAGACUUCACAUCUGACUCUGAUGAUUUCUGUGCGGAGAUUGCAAAAUCUGGUGCUCAUGAUGAGAUUUCAAAACCUUCGUCACCCGAUGCUAAGGCUGGAGGCAGUACCUUUGACAUGGAAGGAAUCACUGCUCAGGCUAACACAACAAAUUCUAAUCUCAGCUCUAUGGAGACUGAAAUGGACCAGAACGUCGUUUUACCGGUUUCACGGAGACGACAGGCUGAGCGGUUGGACUACAAAAAACUGUAUGAUCAAGCUUAUGGUAAAGCAUCAUCUGAUUCAAGUGAUGAUGAAGAAUGGUCUGGGAAGAGCACACCAGAAAAAGGCAAUGAAGAACAGAGUGAAGCAGAUUCAUCUGCAGGGAAAGUCUCUAGAUCAAUUAGUAUUGUGCACCAUUGCGAUGAAUUCACUCCACUUAGCUCUCAAAAAAGUUUGCACCAUGAUUCUCUUCAUGGUUCAGUAGAUCAGAAACAUGGAGACCUUACCUCUAAUGGCAGCGAUAGCACAGCAAGGAAAGGACAAUUUGGUCCAAUAAUUAAUCAGAGGCUACAUGAGCAUUUUAAGACAGAACAGUACCCUAGCCGCACUGUUAAAGAAAGUCUGGCAGAGGAACUAGGGUUAACAUUCCGUCAGGUUAGCAAAUGGUUCGAAAGUAGGCGUCAUUUCACAAAAACAGCUUCUGCCAAGAAAGGCAUCCAUCUAGAUUAUCAUAGCACUGAGAAAACUAAUAGCCCAGUCAUAGCUAGCACGCCGGUUAAAGAGUCUGAGGGGACAAUGAUGGAAAAACCCAAUGGAUGUAGAAAUGAUGUUGCGAAUGAGGAGAUAACGUCUGGUAAUCUGGAUGAAGGCUGCAAAAUAGAGAGUGCAUUGGGAAAAGAUAUCAACUGUGGGCGGAGAAUGACUGUUACUCCUCCAGAAAGCAAACAAGGUUAUGCUACCAUCUUGAGAAAAGUGGGCUCUCCAAAAGGUGGAUCUGGAAAGAACCAUCACAAGAAUGCCUCCGUAAGUGAUGUUAGAGGGUCACAAGGUGAUUCCGCAGAGGAUCACUUUCGGGGGCUCGACCUUGUAGCCGAAGCAAGGAAAAAAGCAAUACAGCGGGAGAUGAAGAAGAAGAAAAUGGGCAGAUGAAGUUUGUAGCUAAAGACAGGAGCUAGAGUUUGUGCUGCUCCAGAAACUUGCAAGCCGGGUCAUGAUUACAGUGUCACACUAACGCCUUGGAACUUCGGUGUUGUAUGGCUCUACAUUUGGUGCCAAAAACCAAUGGUAGACAAUUUUAUUUCAGCUUAGCUCUCUUUAGAGUUUAGAUCAGCAUUCAAUUUUUGGGCUAUUGAUUCCUGUUCUUAGCCCACGGAGAGCUUGCUUCGAUAGUUUGAUUUCUGGGGCUCUCGCUAUGAAUUCGUUAUCCUGAGUACUGACAUUGCUGGAAGGUUACAAAACCGAAUGCUCCGAAACAACAGCAGUGUACUGUUGUGACAGGAUGGAAAAUAUUGUUGUUCUUGUAAGACGGGACGUAGUAUCAAACCUUCUGUAAUGUGAGCUGAGGACUUUGUUCUGCUCCGGUGUUACAGCCAUGAGUUUGUACUUGUCUAAAUCAUUGCCAUCCACCUUAAAGCAACUCUUGACUAUGUGAUAGAACAAGAUUGUUUAGCUUUU